UUGUGAUUCUUAUCUAGACUCCACCAUAUGCCCAAGUUUACACUUAUAUCUCGUCAAAGUGAUGCGUUACCUUUGGCAGAAAGUAUGAUUGAAGAAAACGAACCAUAUGGAGAUGAACUGGGAGAUUACAAAAAACAAGCAAAAACAAUAGUUCGACAACUUUCCAAGUCAGUCUCACCAGAGUCUAUGAUGACCAUCGACUGUGGUUACUUCGUUUAUCACUAUAUAUUAGUAGAUGGAGUGAUUUAUCUCACUUUUACUGAAAAAGCUUAUCCAAGAAGAUUAGCUUUUGACUUUUUGGAUGAAAUAUCUAAAGAGUUUCGAACCAUAUACGGUUCUCAAGUGGCUACGGCUACAAGACCUUAUGAAUUUAUUCGUUUUGAUAGUUUUCUACAAAAGACCAAAAAACUGUAUGAAAACACGAGAACACAACGAAACAUCACCAAACUUCAACAAGAACUAAAGGACGAGAAAAACUCGAGAAUAUCUCAUUUCUUUCUUCCAGACUCGUAUCUGAAUCGAAAAGAUACGUAAAAAAGACAGCAUAUAUGCAUCAAAUGCUAACUUA